UUGUGUCCUGCUCUGCCAGGAUUUCACACAGCAAGAUGAGAAUCACAGCCCUGUUCGUCGCGGUCUUGGUUGCGUUGGCGGCGAUGUUCACCGCCACCGAAGCCAACCCGACUUUCUUUAAAAACAAGAAGUUCGGUGGUGGCAAGUUCGGCCUGUUCGGAGGGGAGGGGCACCUGUUCCCUCUUUUCGGCGGCCUCUUCGGGAAGAAAGGGUGAGCGGCGCAGUCACAGAAGGGCUGCGGGAUUAAGAAAAUCGGACGCUCCAAGUCGCAGGAUUCUAGCGUUGUGCGCGGCUUGGCUCGAAAACAGUGUACAGAUUUUUAAAAAAUAUAUAUAUAUAUAUUGUAAUUCUA